AUGAAGGCUCUCAUUCUUGUCGGAGGCUUCGGUACUCGCCUGCGUCCUUUGACCCUCACACUUCCCAAGCCUCUGGUCGAGUUUGGCAACCGGCCUAUGAUCCUUCACCAGGUUGAGAGUCUGGCUGCUGCUGGUGUCACUGACAUUGUCCUCGCGGUCAACUACCGUCCCGAUGUUAUGGUCGCCGCCCUCAAGAAGUAUGAAGAGCUUUACAACGUCAACAUUGAAUUCUCAGUCGAGACAGAACCAUUGGGCACAGCUGGCCCAUUGAAGUUGGCCGAGAAGACCCUUGGUAAGGACGACUCGCCUUUCUUCGUAUUGAAUUCCGAUGUCAUCUGUGACUUCCCCUUCCAAAAACUCGCCGCCUUCCACAAGAGCCACGGACAAGAGGGUACCAUUGUGGUCACAAAGGUUGACGAGCCCUCCAAGUACGGUGUCGUUGUUCACAAGCCCAACCACUCCUCUAGAAUUGACCGAUUCGUUGAGAAGCCUGUCGAGUUUGUCGGCAACCGCAUCAACGCCGGUAUCUACAUCUUGAACCCUAGUGUUCUGAAACGCAUUGACCUACGCCCCACAUCUAUUGAGCAGGAGACCUUCCCCGCCAUAUGCAAGGAUGGUGAGCUGCACUCCUUCGACCUCGAUGGCUUCUGGAUGGAUGUUGGCCAGCCCAAGGACUUCCUUACCGGUACCUGCCUGUACUUGACCUCCUUGGCCAAGCAGAACUCCAAGAAGCUUGUCUCUCUUUCCGAGCCCUACGUGCACGGCGGCAAUGUUAUGGUUGACCCCACCGCUAAGAUUGGCAACAACUGCCGUAUCGGCCCCAACGUGGUCAUUGGACCUAACGUUGUUAUUGGUGACGGUGUCCGCCUCCAGCGUUGCGUUGUGAUGGAGAACAGCAAGGUCAAGGACCACGCCUGGAUCAAGUCUACUAUCGUUGGCUGGAACAGCUCCGUAGGUCGCUGGGCUCGUCUGGAGAAUGUCACCGUCCUCGGUGACGAUGUGACCAUCGCUGAUGAGGUCUAUGUCAACGGUGGCUCCAUUCUGCCCCACAAGAGCAUCAAACAGAACAUUGAUGUUCCCGCGAUUAUCAUGUAA